GAAGUGCAAGAAAGAGUUAGAAGAAGAGAAAGAAGACUUGAGAAAGUGGAAAAUAGAGAAAAGAUGCAAAGAUACCGAAAUACAUUAAAUAUCGUUCAUACAAGAUUCUUUAAAAUCUAUUAAAAAUUUAUACUUGAUUCCUGGAUUAGUUCGCAAUAAAUUUCUUAUUUUCAAUAUAUUUAAUAUUAAAGCAUUUAAUUAGGAUUUUUAUCUUUAUCAAAUUAAGACAUAUUGUUUUAGUUGUCAUAGUCAUUUUUUAGAAAUAAAAAUUUAUGGCUAAAAAUACUCCAAAUAUAAGAAUUUGAAAUUGUAGACUAGAAGUCAAACGCAAACCCCAUGAUCAACAGUUUGGUCAACUCAAGGAAGAAGUAAAACAACUAAAGGAGCAAGUCAAAGUACUUUCGAAGAAAAAAUAAUGAACUCAAAGAAGUGAUAUCAGCCUUCAGCAUGGAGAAAAUGCAGUCUAGUUGUAAUGACCCCAAUUGCUUCAAAAGUGAUAAAAAUCAGCAUUUGAGAGAAUUUGAAACUCAAAAGAUCCCCUGAAAAAUACUAGAAGUAUGACUACUCAUCAAACGGAAAAAGUGUAUAAAUCAGAGAAACUGUUUAAGAGAAAAUACAGCUUCUGGAAGAAUACUUUGCCUACCAUAAUCAAAAAGAACCCUGAAAUUAUUAAAUACACCUUCAUGAAACAGAACAAAGAUAUCACUGAUACAAAUGCUAAGCCAGACUUUCGUUCUUAAAAACCCAGUUUAAAAACAUAGUCCAGAAUGCAUUGCCAUUUGGGUCACUUGCAACUCUAUAUAACUUCGAUUCAUUCGAGCUUUCAGAAUGGUUUAAAUUCAAAGCAGAGUUAUCAAAGGCUAAACCUGAUUUUCUGGGAUUAAGAUCCCAGCAGGCUUUUUUAACGAGAACUUUUUAAAACAAGGCAUGGAGUUCUUUAAAGAUCAUGGAAGUAACUUUAUCAAUAUCUUACGAGAAGUCAGAAAUCAAGUGCAAGCUUUAGUAAAAGUGAGAAACAGGAUGUUUGUGCUAUUUAAUAAACUAGAUGAACUUUAUGCACAAUCAGAAUAUAGAUAUGACAAGAACGAUUAUUGUUCAUCAAGAGAGAAAUGGGGAAAAGUAUAAAAAGAACGGUGUUGACUUAUUGACAAUAUGGAAAAUAAAAAAGAAAGAUCCUGACACAGAUUACUGAUCUGAGAUUGAGAUGAGUGAGUUAGAAGAUGAAGAUGACUCAUUAAUUCUUAUCGCUUAAUCUCAAUUAGGUCAUAAUUGCCUUGUCAAAACUAGGUGCUUUAUUCAGAAAAUUAUAA